GCCUGUUGCUGCCAAACCAGCUGGCAUUUUCAAUUGAUAUCCUGAGCCAGGACUUUGUACCCGAAAUCCUGACCUUUAAACCCAGGUUUAUUGUCUUUAAUUAAUUUCCAAGACGGAGCUCAAUAGUUCAUUUACGGUCAUGCGGACCACGGAGAAACUCUCAGGAAAUGCUCCCUGUUGAAACCCUCACCUCCCACUCUGCAGCCUGUGAUUUAACCUACUAUUUUUUAGAAGGACUUUAAUCACUUUAUCCUACCUUCAUGCAUCAUACGAGACUGCAGCAGCACAUGACGUAGAAGUUUGUUCACGAGUUGGUGAAUCUGCUGGGGGGAAAACUGCUCAGCCAGCUCCUCUUUCGGGGUCUCCUCACCUGAUCCGCACGCCACUCCCAGCCGCCGGUGUGCAGCUCUUUCCGGGGGCCCGAGGCGGCCAGGAUGGGGACACCGGGGGAUCUGCCUGCUUGGAAAGUGACGAUUUUCCUCUUUAAUUUAAUCUCAGCUGUUGUGGCCAAGAGACACAUCGUUUAUUGGAAUUCAACAAACACAAGGUUAACAGCAGGAGAUAUGUCCAUCCAGGUGAAUCUGAAUGACUACCUGGACAUCUACUGCCCUCACUACCCCAACAAGAGGCCCCAGGGCUCCGGGCAGCCCGAGGAGCUGGCCCUCUACCUGGUGGGGGAGGCCUCUUUCCAGGGCUGUGUGGAGACCAGAGGGGCCAUCAAGAGGUGGGAGUGUAACACCCCCUACGCCCCCUUUGGUCCUGUGCGCUUCUCUGAGAAGAUCCAAAGGUUCACCCCCUUCUCGCUGGGGUUUGAGUUUCUGCCAGGGCGCCACUACUACUACAGCUUUCAUCAGACGGUGUUGGAGGCAGUGUGGUGGCCGCACAUCCUAAUUGAAGUGAUGAAAAGCUCUACCGGCAGAUGAAGGCCCUCCUCUGCCAUGUAUGAAGUUGCGUGUCACCGUGUGCUGUGAGCCCAUA